AUGCGUUCCUACAUUCUUAGCGGCGCUGUGGCCCUGAGCUCCGCGCUCGGUGCCUCCGCCGCAGCCACCGCCACUUCCGCCUACAGUGAUUCGCUUUCCGGCAUGGACUUCCAGAGAUGGUGCGAUUCUGAUACGGGCUUCUGUUUCGGUAUUGCGCUGCCCGAGACCGUGGAGAAGAGCUUCAUCGGUCAGCUGAGUGUGCCUCUCGACAGCUCUAAGGGAUGGGGUGGUGUCAGUAUGUCCGGUUCUAUGACCAAGGCUCUCCUCAUCGCAGCCUGGGCCAACGGCGAUUCUGCUGUCGGAACUCUCCGCGAGACCAGUGCCUACUCUAGCCCCGAGGUUUACAGCGGUGAUGCCAGCAUUCUCGAAAUUCCCGAGGGAACCUCCGUCAACAGCACUUUCCUCACCUAUACCUUCCUGUGCGAGAACUGCAUUCUCGGCGAGCCUACCACCUUCGGCGCCACCGAAGACACCUACUACUUCGGCUGGGGUCUCGCUACGACCAGCCCUACUACCCCCUCCUCCGAUUCUUCUGCCAUGCCUUUCCACGGAGCCGGCUACGGUGGCUUCGAAGUCUACUUGUCCAAGGCCAAGUCGUCUAGCUACGCCACCUGGGCUGCGAAGGCCGUCUCGAGCACAUCCACUGCCUCUGCGUCCGCCUCGGUUACCAGCCCUUCUGCCAGUGCCUCGGCCAGUGUCGUCGCCACGGUCUCGAACACGACCUAUGAUUACAUCGUUGUCGGAGGCGGUGCUGCCGGUAUCGUUGCCGCUGAGCGUCUGGCCGAGACCAGCAAGAAGGUUCUGCUGAUCGAGCGUGGUGUGGCUCCGACCACGGAGCUGGGUGCGACCGAUGCUCUUUCGUGGAACUCCUCGAUGACUCCUUUCGAUAUCCCCGCCCUCGGCAGCUCCCUCACCUCCCUCAACUUGAUGGGCGACUACCUCUGCGACGAUACGGCGGGUAUGGCCGGUUGUGUUCUCGGUGGUGGUACCAUUGUCAACGCCGAAUCCUUCAUCCACCCCCAGGAGGCCGAUUUCGACGACAAGUGGCCCACCGGCUGGAAGUGGAAGGACAUCGAGACGGCCGCUAACCGUCUCUACGCGCUCAACCCCGGUAGCACUCUUCCCUCUGCCGACGGCAAGCGGUACGACCAGGGCAUGUACACUGUUCUGUCCGGCUUCCUGAAGGGUCUUGGAUGGAAGUCUGUUGACUCCCAGAAGCAGCCCAACGAGAAGCACAUGGUGUACAGUUACCCCUCCUGGGAUGUCGGCAAUGGUAUCCGUGCUGGUCCCGUCCGCUCCUACCUCCCCUUGGUCCAGGACCUUGACAACUUCAGCCUUCGCACGAGCACCAAGGUCCGCCGUCUUGUACGCCGCAGCGCCCGCGUUACUGGUGUCGAGGUCGAGACCAGCUCUGGUGGCAUCGAGAUCAUCAACCUGAAUGCUGGUGGUAAGGUUGUCCUUGCUGCCGGUUCCAUGUCUACUCCUCGCAUCUUGUUCAACUCCGGUAUUGGCCCCACUGAGCAGAUCCAGACUGUCAAGAGCGGCAACACUGGCAUCACCCUCCCUCCUUCCUCGGAGUGGAUCAACCUGCCCGUUGGCCAGAACCUUCGUGACCACCCCAUGUUCACCAUCACCGUCAAUACCAACAGCAACUUCACCCACUUCAACACCUCCAGUGUUGUUCCCGGCCCCAGCGCCGCCGUUCAGAAGCUUUUUGCUGAGGGCUCCGGUGUCCUCACCCAGGGUGGCCACCGUCUUCAGUUCUGGACCUCCAACGUUGGAACCGAUGGCAUUACUCGUUUCUACCAGGCUUCCUGCAGCACCAGCACGGACGGCGUUAUCACCAUGAAGCUGUACCUGACCCACGGUGCCACCUCGACCGGUGUCCUUGGCAUUGACAGCUCCGGUACCACCACCCUCGAGACCGACCCCUGGUUGCAGACUGCCGCAGACAAGGAAGCUGUCACCCGCUUCUUCCAGAGCUUGAUCGACGACAUCAGCAACUCCACCUCCGGGUUCUCCAUCUCCGGAACCUCGACUGCCUCCGGUAUCCUUAACCUUAUGACCAGCGGUGACCACUUUGUCGGCACUGCGAAGAUCGGCACUGACGAUGGACGUGUCAACAACGGCACUUCGGUCGUUGAUCUCAACACCAAGGUGUACGGUACCGAGAACUUGUAUGUUGUUGAUGCCAGUAUCCACCCCGACCUGCCCACCGGUAACACCCAGGCGAUCGUCAUGAUUGCCGCGGAGGCCGCUGUGGCCCGCAUCAUCGCCCAGGGCACGGACACCGUUAGCGCCGCCAGCUCGUCCAUUGCUGUUUCUGCGGCUUCUACUGCUGCUGCCCAUUAUGCAUCUGCUACCGAGUCCUCGGUUGCUGUCAGCAUUGCGACGGCGACUCCCGAGACUACCGCUGCCAGCGUUGCCGCCGAGGCGACCGCCACUGCUACCUCCGAGUCCAGCUCUGCUUCUUCCAGCUCUGCCUCUGCCUCCGAUGAGGAUGAGGAUGACGAGGACUUGCCCGAUUGCGACGAUGAGGACGAUGAGGAGGAGACCAACCCCGAGGACAGCUUCUCGGGCUCUGUCUCUGUGACGGCCCACAAGGCUGUCGCUACCCAGGCUGGCUCCGGUGCCUCGACCACCACCGUGUGGGUGACCUCGACUGCCUGGACAACGACGACCGAAGCUGUGGUUACCACCACCACUUCGACGGUCACUGUCUGGCCCACCUACGCCUAG